AUGGAGGGAGAAGGCUGUAACCCUGGGGUGGCCAUGGAUUCAGGUAACCCUUUACUAAAAGCGGUGUUCCUCCGUCGCCUGAGACUCACGAGGCUGCUCCUGGAGGGAGGGGCAUACAUCAACGAGAGCGACGGCCAAGGCCAGACGCCCCUGAUGGUGGCCUGCAGGACGCAGCACACUGACGCCCAGAGCGCCAGCCGGGUCAAACUCGUCCAGUUUCUUCUCGAGAAAGGAGCGGACCCGAACAUCCAGGAUAAGGAGGGUUGCUCUGCGCUGAUGCACGCCUGCCAGGAGCAAGCCGGCACCGAGUUGGUGUCCCUACUUCUGGCCAAUGGAGCGGAUAUCAGCCUGGAGGAUCAGUCUGGGACAUCAGCGCUGGUCUAUGCAGUCAUGGCUGGAGACUGGAAGGUGUUGAAGCUUUUGUUGGACACAUGCAAAGCCAAAGGGAAGGAGGUGAUCAUCAUAACCACGGACAAGUUCCCAUGUGGGAAACUGCAAGCCAAGCAGUAUCUCAACAUCCCUCCACUCGGUCCUCUUGAUCAGACGGACAAAACGGCAUCAGCAGCUCCGGCGUCGCCCUCUGAAAUCCAGCUCAUCACCUCCCCCCAAUGCACCUCCUCUUCCUUACACCCUCCAAAGCCUGUCUUCUCUUUUAAAGAAGCCCAGUCGUGUGGCGUAAACUCACAUCCGUGUUCGCCAUCGUGGUUUCGAGGUCUCAACCAAGCGGAGGCGAACAGACUGCAGCAGCCUCUCCUGAGGUUGAACUCUGAGCCGUGGUUGAGGAUCCCAGCUUCUCUGCUCAACUGGCAGACUCACGCAGCCUCAGAAAUCAACCAAACUGAGGAUCUUUGCUUCAGAGUUCCCAAACUGGAUGAGGACAACAACACGUACUUAAAUGCUGACAACUUCAAAUGGUAUGAUGGAAGACUGAGAAGCAGAGUAGAAGGAGAUGGAAAGAAUGAACAUGCCAAACACACGGGACAAAACAUAUCCUUACCAGGUCUCCACUCGUCCCACUCCGCCUCCCAUCCCAAUCUUCAUUCUGUAAACCUCGGAACAGAUUUGGUUACCUCCUCUUCUUCCCUUUCUGGUGGCAAGAACCUCUGCGCUCCGCUUCACAGCAUGGCCUCGUCGAGCCUUAACAGCAUCAUCCAGAGGCGCAAGCUGGGUACGGACAUCUACGGCUCCGACCCUCAGCUAGCUGCGGGGAUCCGAAAUCUCCCCGAGGAUUCCCAACAGAGAGCGAGAGACGCAGCAGAGGGUAAGAAGCUGGCUCCUUUACGCUGUUCCAGCACGUUUGGCUCAAGGGAGUCACUGUCGACAUUCGGCCCGACCAGGAGAGUGCUCUCCGGGUUAGAGCGACGAGGAUCUGGCGCCUUCUUGUUGGACCACAACUCUCAAGCCAGGCCUCGAUCUCUGCCUCCUCUGACCCUCAACUCCUCCAACACUCCAGCCCUCAAUCUUUACAACCUCAGCUCCAGUGGAGUCCAGGAGUCUGGGCUAAAAACGUUCCUCCCCUCCGCUCCUCCCGGGCAUCCCAAAGAGAUGACGAAGAGGAUGCUGCAGAGGAGACACUCGAUGCAGACCGAACAGUUCAAAACUACAGCUUGA